GGCCGCCGCGGCCGGAAGUGGCCGGCGCCUGGGCCGAGGGUCGCGAUGAAGCCGGCGGUGGACGAGAUGUUUCCCGAGGGCGCGGGGCCCUACGUGGACCUGGACGAGGCUGGAGGCAGCACUGGACUGUUGAUGGACUUGGCAGCCAACGAGAAGGCAGUGCACGCCGACUUUUUUAACGAUUUUGAAGAUCUGUUUGACGAUGAUGACAUCCAGUGAGACAGGCCCAGCGUGUCUGUUGUCCAGCCUUCGUCACACAGUGGUGUAGCAGAACUCAGAGGACCACUGUUGGUGGUUGAGGACUUAGGACAUGGUUAACCAGGAUGGAGAAGUAUGGCCAUCUCAGCGGUCAGGAUGAUGCCUGUUAAUCUCUGAACGUGACCAGCCUUUGUCGUUAUUUCAAUUUAAAAAAAAAGCAGUGUCAUCGUU